AUGGCAUUUAAUGCCAGCCCGUAUGGGAGGAAUCCUUAUGGGAAUGGUAUGAAUGGAUAUGGAGGUCAGGGAUAUAAUUAUCCUUCCAUGCACGAUCCUAUGUAUAAUACGAAAUACGAAACAUACAAAGAGAGAAAGAAACGAAAGAGGCGAGAAAAGGCUGAAAUUAUCGGUGCGAUGGGUGAAGUGGGAGGUGCAUUGGCUUCUAUAGCGGAUAGUGGUUCAGGUGGUUCAUCGGGAGAUGGAGGUGGGGGUGGUUCGGCUGGAUGUGGAGGAGGAGGGGGUGUUGGAUCAUCGUAG